CACGGCCCCGCCUACACUGAGAUGGUGUAACGGGGAAAGGAAGGUUGCUGCGCAACGACCAAUCAGUGAGAGGCAUAACUCGUAAGGGUAGUCGUGAGGGACAAUUGUAUGAAGUAAUCCUGUCGCUUUGGAGGAGAGCGCUGCCAAUGGGAUGAUUCAUGCGAAGGGUGUGCGAGUGGAAGCCGGACGGAGAGAAGAGUGUAUGCGUUCCUCAGCGGUAAAGCGUUUGCUCGCAGCAGGUCAAUCCUUUGAACAGAUGGAUAAUGGAGACUGGGGGCACAGGAUGACUGAUCCAGUCACACUGAAUGUAGGCGGCCAUGUCUACACCACCUCCCUCUCCACUCUGACUCGCUAUCCAGACUCCAUGCUGGGGGCGAUGUUCAGGGGGGAUUUCCCCACGGCUCGGGACUCCCAGGGGAACUACUUCAUUGACAGAGACGGGGCUCUUUUCCGGUACAUCCUGAACUUCUUACGGACAUCAGAACUGACUGUGCCGGUUGACUUUAAGGAGUUCGAUUUGCUCCGCAGAGAAGCCGAUUUUUAUCAAAUUGAGCCUUUAAUCCAAUGUCUGAACGAUCCCAAACCCCUGUACCCCACGGACACCUUUGAGGAAGUGGUGGAACUCUCGAGUACCCGGAAGCUGUCCAAGUAUUCCAACCCCGUGGCGGUCAUCAUAACGCAGCUCACCAUCACCACCAAGGUGCACGCCCUGCUGGAAGGCAUUGCCAACCAUUUCACCAAGUGGAACAAACACAUGAUGGACACGCGGGACUGCCAGGUCUCCUUCACGUUUGGACCGUGCGAUUACCACCAGGAGAUCUCUCUCCGCGUCCAUCUUAUGGAAUACAUCACAAAGCAAGGCUUCACCAUCCGAAAUACCCGGGUGCACCACAUGAGCGAGCGCGCCAACGAAAACACCGUGGAGCACAACUGGACUUUCUGCCGACUGGCUCGUAAGACGGACGACUGACUCCCAUGGUUCUAAUGUCUGUACGGCUCAAACGCAGUGUUACCCGAUGACUUUGUGCCCUGUUUUUUUGUUUUCUAUUUGUACAACUAUUUAUUAACAGCCAUUUUGACUGGAUCAUAAGCUGUGUGUGAUGUUACGUCAUAAGACAUUCCCAGCUUAUCCAUCGUGUAUGCAUGUGCCUGUAUGGAGGAGACUUUCUAUUGUAAUAAUGACUCGUUCCGCUAAGCUUUACUGUCAGCUAAACAAUACAGACUGCCACAUUGCUGUUGCUUUAACUCUUAAUGUUAGUGAGCUCCGUGUGUGGCUGUGCAGCACUGGUGAGAUUUGCCUGUAUAAACUCGGCCCCUUGGGAAGCAAAGGAGUUUUAUUCUCUAACAUUCCAGCCUCUAGUUGUAAUUUGUGGAGGCUGUGCUAUUGCUUGCUGGAUGCAGCAUGGUGAGCCAUUGUGCUAUAAUGUUCUUAUUUGGAUAAUACUGCUCUACAGUCACAUGUACGUGUCGGAUACUAAUGAUCGUCCCUUGCUCCCUUUUUAACCAGGACUCACACUACGUAGUUCUAAAUCCUGUGGCUGAUUUCUGCGCAGCUAUAAAUAUGCACCUAAAUAACCUUGUAGCUAGCCAUGGAGAAUUUGGAUUUUAUUCACGUACCCGUAUUUUCAAGUACCAGAUCAAUAAUUUUGGUGUUCAUGUUAAAACAGAACCAAAUCCCUAUUGAAAAACUGCAGUCACUAGUGCUUUAAAAUGGUAUUUGUGGGUUUGGGUUAAUUUAGACCAGGGCUCCUGAACCUAUUUCACCAGUGAGCAAAACUCAAAUGUAAAAAGAGUUGGGGAACGACAUAACCAUGCAAACUGUUCCUAUUUGGCUCCUCCUACAGGAGUCUCUAAUUGGCAGUAUAGCUGGUUUUUAUGCACCAAAACUUGUCUCCAAGUCUGGAAUUAAAAACUAAGCAUCUGCUUUGAGGCCACUGGGAGCAACAUCCAUUGGGUUGGUGAGCAACAUGUUGCUUGUGAGCUACUGGUUGGGGAUCACUGAUUUAGACUUACCAGCAAUGAUUUGACCAAGCUUAACUCUUUAGUGCUGGUAGAUCAGCUGACACCAGAACCAAAUCCUGGUUUCUGUACAUCUUUAAUUUAUAAAAGGAGAAGGAAAGUCGUUUCACACUUGAGUGACCUGAAACCCCAGGCUGCACCAGCCCGGGGGUUAUUCCCGCGAGCACCACGGAGUGAUCCUCUUCCAGCUUCUUCUUUCUUCAAAUUUCUCUGGGCAGACUUAUGCGCAGUAGAACAAAAUAGCAACUUUUUAGUUUAAGUUCAGCUUUUCACUCUAAUGCGCAGCUGCGCGAAGAAAGAGGAUUGAUCCUUGUGCUCGCUGGAAUAACCCCAGGCCGGUGCAGUUUUCUGCUGAUAGGAGCACCGCCCUGGAGUUUCAGGUAAUUAAAUACAUUCACUUGGGGAUGCCUAACAUUUGGCACCUCCAAGUGUGAAACAAUUUUCCUUCUCCUUUAAACAAAUAGGGCCGCCAUUUGUUUUUAAAAGUGCUGUAGUUGCUUUGGAAUGGAAUACUAUAUAUCCGGUAACCUUUUCAAAUUACAACUGCGCUAUCCCCCGCCCCCCAUUUUAUAUGAAUAAACUCCUUUUUAGUAAAGCGGGUGCUGUGCAGGGUUGUGUAGGGCCCACAUUGCACAUCAGAUAAGCUAUGUAGCAUUGGUGAUAAACAGUAGUCACAGCAUUUAUGGCUCCCCACACACCUACAGGAUGAGAACAUCCAAAAAACAGGACUUUUGCUGCCAAAUUAUAUUUUAUUUUCAGUACACACAGAUAGGAUAUUAUGUAUAUCUUGUUUCAGAUACACAGAAUUUACAAUACUAAUUUUGGGGCAAAAUAAUUUUUUUUUAAAAACAAAUAAAUAAAUAAUUUGAAGACACCUGUAAUCAUGGGAAAAAUAUUCCAUAGUGUCCAGCAGCCAUUACAGGUAUGGGAUCCGUUAUCCGGGAAACUCAUUAUCCAGAAAGCUCUGAAUUACAGAAAGGCCACCUCCCAUAGACAUUAUAAUCAAAUAAUCAAAAUGGUUAAAUAAUAAUAAAACAGUAGCUUGUACUUGAUCCCAACUAAGAUAUAGUUAAUCCUUAUUGGAGGCAAAACCAGCCUAUUGGGUUUAUUUAAUGUUUACAUGAUUUUCUAGUAAACUAACGGUAUGAAGAUCCAAAUUAAGGAAAGGUCCAAUAUCCGGAAAACCCCAGGUCCUGAGCAUUCUGGAUAACCGGUCUCAUACCUGUAUCACAAAACUGACUAUGAUAUAGCAUAUCCAUAUAAAUACGGUUUUAUUUUCUGUACUUUGUAAUACUGUUCAGACCCAUCUCCUAUAGAGUGCAGAGGGUUUAAAGGGGAAGAUAAACCUAAAAUUAACUUGAUGACCUAGUAGUAGUAGUGCCAUUCAUCUUUCUGUUAUGCAGCGCUCUCUUGUAUGGCUUCUAAGUUCACACACCCUGGCAACCAGACUCUAGAAGAAAAAUAGGAGAGGUCCUGAAAAACAAAUCUAGCUGUACACUUUUGGAAAGUAAAUAUUAGGACAUUUUAGACCACUCCUGAUCUGCCCCCAGCCAAUAUACCGGUACCCACCCCAAGCACCGUAAUUUCUCUGUGUGUUAAGCAUUUACCAAUUUCUCAUCACUUUACUCUGGGAAUGGAGAUCAGUAUUACAAGGAAGCAAAUAGUCAUUUGUACAAAGUGAAUGAACUGUUUCUAUGCAGAAAAUGAAUUCUGACCAAAUAAACCUUUAGUGUCACCAA